AUCAAGGCACGCUCAUUAUGGACGGCCCGUCCGCUCUUUCCUCGAUGCUCACCUGUACACCGUCCGCACGCCUCUUUCCAUGAGGACCGCGUGGUUCCUCGGCCUCAGUAACCAUAUCCCAGGCUCAACAAUGGUCUUGUGGCCUUCCCGACUUUGUCAUAGAUGUAUGUUGAGAAAUCGAUGUCCGGUCUCCCGCCCCAGGGCCGAGUCCAUAACUUUGGCACAAGCACUUCCUCCCAUCUUCCUGACGACCAGUGACAACGAGACCGCGCCGCUCGUCUAAUUCUCGGAAUGAGCGGGGUACAAAAGCCCGCGCCGCAGAGCACGAAGCCCGGCCCUGCUCCUCCUUCCUGUACUCGUCCCUCCCAGUACUUACCUCUACACCUCCGGCGUCGCUCGUUUUGCUGGCAAAAUGCUGUCUUCGCUUGUCUCCCUGUUUUCUAUUGCUGUAGCGGUCACCUCCGCCGCGUAUGUCGGCCCGGGCGUUGUAACGGGCGACACCGCCGUGCACGACCCGACGAUGUGCAAGGACUCGAGCGGGACGUACUUUGUCUUCUCUACCGCGCCGGGCAUUCAGAUCAUCACGUCGACGGACAGGACGGCGUGGACCAGCGCUGGACUCGUCUUCCCUGACGGAAGCGCUACCUGGACUGAUGAGUACACCGGGGAAUCGAACGGCAACCUUUGGGCGCCUGAGUGCUACUAUGAUGGGUCGCAGUUCUACCUGUAUUACGCUGCCUCGAGCUUCGGCUCGCAGAAGUCCGCGAUCUUCCUCGCGACCUCGUCAACUGGAAAGUCCGGCGAUUGGGUCGAUCACGGCGAGGUCAUCGCGAGCAACAGCGGCGACCCUUACAACGCUAUCGACCCUAACCUUUUCAUCGACGGCUCCACCUGGUACUUCACCUUCGGCUCCUUCUGGAACGGCAUCUACGGCAUGACCGUCAGCCCCAGCAGCGGCCUCGCCGACGGUUCCUCGCCCGCCAACCUCGCCGCGCGCCCCAACAACGGCGGCGCGCUUGAGGCGUCCUCCGUCUUCAAGUAUGGCGAUUCGUACUACCUGUUUACGAGCUGGGAUAAGUGCUGCUCGGGCACCUCCUCCACCUACAACAUCCGCGUCGGGCGUGCGUCCUCCGCCGCGGGCCCCUACACCGACGCCGACGGCGUCGCGCUCACCUCCGGCGGCGGCACGCUCGUUCUCGAGACGCACGACCAGAUCUUCGGUCCUGGCGGGCAGGACGUGUGGGAGGACGACGAUGGCCCGAUUCUGGUUUACCACUACUACACUGACGCCGGCAGCUUCCUCGGUAUCAACCGCCUCGACUUUUCGUCGGGCUGGCCUGUGGUGGCUUGAAGGAAUCGGUUGACACAUGGAAGGCUCUUUGUAGCAAUACAACGAAAAGAGGAUAACUAGGUAGGUAGUAUAUGUAAAAGUCUUGCAAAGGGAAUCCAGUUGCGAAUACACGAGGAAAGUUGGAUGCAAAUUACAGUCUGAAAGAGGACGUUCGCAAGUAGAGCGUGUUUCCGUCCAGGGGUUCCGUGGGCGAAUUAUACAAAGGCAGAAAGCGUACGUGUGCGGGUUCUACGAGUACGAUGAUAUGCAAGGGAGUUCCAAAAACUGACGUCUUUCACCCAGACUGCUUGUCGCCCGGUCAACGACUUGCGGCGGAAUGCGGGCGAGCACGCGCGACGCCUCAGCCACCCUGCCACACAAGUAGCUGAGCAACCUCAUCGGCAUCGCGCACCCGCCUUAUGGACACCCGCCCACCCGUCGAGGUGUGUGCAUACGCACUGGCAACGCUC